UCUUUUCUUGUAAAGAAGUUUAUCCGACAAUUUCAAAGCGGUCUUGAACGCAACACGUCAGCAGUCUGUGACGUUGUUAUGAUGGUGACUCCAGUGGAAGUGCUGAGUCUCCUGCUGGUGUCCGUGUUAUGGGGAUGCACCAACCCUUUCCUGAAAAAAGGCACUGAAGGUAUCGAACAUGUGUCCAAGUCCAGCAAAGUGGCUCAGUUUCUUGCUGAGCUCAAGUUUCUCUUCCUUAAUCUCAAGUAUCUCAUCCCGUUUGUCCUGAACCAAAGUGGCUCUUUAGUGUACUAUUACACACUUUCCACCACAGACUUGUCAUUGGCUGUCCCCGUGUCCAACUCUCUCACCUUCCUUUGGACUCUGCUCACUGGCAAGUUGCUGUGCGAGGAUUUUGGAGGCAAACAAGCUGUUGCCGGAAUGUUACUCACUAUGGUCGGGGUCACUUUGUGUAUCGUAAGCUCCGUAGAUGACGCGGGCACUCAGGCUCAGGCCCAAUGACCUUCCGGUGAGCAUAAACGCGCUCGGAAGAUCAUCUUCGCUAAACAUGGCCGAAAUUCGUUGCAUUUGUAGGUGUUCCACCUUGGUACACCCAACCAUUCAAUCACAAAUGAUCGAAGUGGCGGAAGUCAGAAAAGAAUUGUAUUUUUGUCAGAAAAUCAAAAGUAUAUUAUUUAUUGUGUUAGUGUCUCUUUAAUUGAGGGUAAAUGUUUUUUAUCCAAUGUAUUUUCCGAGUUACGAAAAAUGGCGUAAAAUCCCCUAAAAUAGUGAAAAAUUGUCGUGUUUGUGUUUUUGGUUGUCUGUUUUUUGCUACUUUCUGGUUAUGGAAAAAUUAUGUAAACUCUUAAAAUGAGCCGUCGGAAAUCCACCUUCGGGCAGUUUCUCUUCAACCAAAUUAUUUUUGUUCACCCUGCAGUGUUUUUUCCCUGAGCCCAAAAUGAAACCAACAAAUGCUGUUUGAAACAAUACUUUUCCUCUUCCUGCUUGGCAGAGGUAAUAAAAUCCAGAAUGAUGUGAUCAAAACUGUCAGACGUGAAAAAGUGUAUUGCUGUGUGUAAUAUUGUGUAGCUGUAUCCAAACAAAUCUCACCAAAAAAGAUACACUUUUAAUUGAA